GUCCGUGACGCACUUGCCGCCAGUUCCCAAACGGGGCUGCACCACCGUGUGCAGAAGCUCAGCUGUGCAGCAGCCUAUGGGCCAUGCGCUGGCAUGGGGCCCUCACUUGUCUGCCCAGACGAGCCCCAGGAUGUCCCGAGGGGGUGCACCCACGUUCUGCCAAGCCAGCCAGAGAUCUCAGGGACUUCUCGUCAUGCACCAGUGCCAAGGGGACGCUCUUCGUGCUGAAUUGUUUCUGCCUGUGUCACCCUCGGGGGGGGUCCCUGUGUCCCUGCCAGCCCUGUAGCCUGGGCCUAGACUGUGGCUGGGAGGAUGGUGACCCCCUGGUGGGACUGGAACUUGGGACUGUUGAGAAGAAGUCCUAGUGCGGGUGGGGGCAGGGGCCGCUUUCUGGACCCUCCCAGGUGUGGACUCUGGCCUGUCGGGAGGCCCGCGCGGUGCCCGGCACCCUCGUCAGGCUGUCUGUCUGACUCUGGUUGUCCGGGGUCCGUGACGUCCGUGUGGUGCAGUGAGGCCCGGCCUCGGAGGACGUGUCCCCGCCUGGGGUCUCCCCACAGCAGCUGUUGAGUAUCACAUGCAGAAGGGCAGAAGGUGACGUUCUUCAGCCCCAGGUUCUGGUGCGUGGGAUUCUGAAGCGUCACGAGGCAGGACACGUGUGCACACGUAACAGCGCGGGAGAGGAGCAUGUGGGAGUCUCGGUGACAGGAACACGCCUUUGCAGCAGUCUUAGCCACGUGUGGGGGAGCGAGCGCCUUUCUGGUUGACGAUGAGUUAAGGGGACAGCGCGGUGUGAGCCGCUGCCGGGGGACGUGCCCCCUGUGCCCAGCAGCUCCGCAUCUCCCAGCGGGGCGCCUGGCCUGCUCUGUGCAGGCUCAGCUCCCGCCCGGCCGAGGCCCUCGCCCAGCAGACCCUGCCCCGGGCAGCCGGUCCUGGCGCCUCCAGACCAUAGCAGUGAUGCCCCCCUGCCCCCAGCUGGCCGUGCCGGGCGCCGAGCCACAGGAGGAUGUGGUGGGCCGGUGGGGGCGGUGAGGAGCCCCUUCCCGGGGGGUGCGACCGUGGUAAGCCCGAAGCACCAGGAGCCUGUGGGGAGCCUGUUGUGGCAGAGGGUGGCUUCUCGGAGGCGGAGGGGAAGGCUGGUAGGGGCCAUGCUGUGGACUUCGCGUUUAUGCUGAGGGUCUUCAGGCUGUGACAGUCUCUGGGUCUUGUUUCUGAAGCCUCUGACGGUGGUGGGGAGGGGCGUGCUGUCCUGGUGGGAGCACAUAGGACCAGGGGGCUGCUCUGGUGUUCGGGAGACCCGGGCCAUGGCUUUGGAGCCUGGGGCCCGAGCAGUGGGGAGCACUUGGGGGUGAAUUCUCGGUGUUGAGUGUGGGACGCUUGUCAGAGUUGCAAGGGGAGGCGUGACCGGCCAGGGACGCGGGAUGCUGAGGUCAGGCGUGGCUGAGUCUCGGGCACCGCCCCCUGGGGUUCCUGCUGGUGCCAGGGAGCUGCUGCGGUUGGUCUGGGGAGGGCUGGGCGCCUCGGGUGUCCCCAGGGUGUCCCCAGAGUGUGCCGCCUGCACCCUGAUCCCUCCUGGGGCUGGGGGUGGGGUAGAGCAGGAGGACGGCCUUGUGGUCAGCUGGGUGGGGCUGGGCGUAGGAGAGCUCCGCCCAGACACCCGUGGGUGGGGCCCUGGGGGCCCCAGUCCCUUCCCUUGCCCCAUUGCCUUUAAAGUGAACUUUCUGGCCAGCUUUAGGCUCACAGGAAGAUGAUGAAGGCAGCCUGGCGUGUGUCUGUGUCCCUGCAGGCAGCUCCCUGUGCGGGGCGGCACAGCCCAGGUCCCGCCGCCCCCUCCUGCUGCUGCCUGACCAGCGCCCGCCUGUCCGACCUGGAAUUCUGUGCGCACGUUUGGGACAGCGGCCUGUGCUGGCGUUCCUCGUGCCCUUGUGCGGGGGUCUAGCAGCGGGGCGUCUCCUGCAGCCCAGUGGGUCCUGCCGCCGCCCGCACCCCCAGCUCCCGGUGAGGGCCUCCUGCGUCACUAGCCGUGCUGACCGCCAUGUCCCCCCCCCCCCGCUGAGUGGCGGGGAUGCAGGUGUGUGCACUUGGUCACCUCCCACUGUGGGCCCCCAGCCCCCCAGGGCCACCGCCGCACCGUGCACAGCUCACCGUACGCGGAAUAAAGCGCGAGCUGUGUCGAGGUGCUUGUCAGAAUUCGCCCGCUCCCCGCAUGCUCGCGGGGUGCCACAGCCGUGCGUGCCCGGCGCCUGCCAGGUGCGGGGGAUGCCCACAAGCCCCUCUUCUGGUGAGGCUGAAAGCAGCCCACGUGUCUGUCCAGAGUGGGACAUCAGAGUAGGGCAGGAGGUGGCCAGGGAGGAAGCCAAGGGAGCCUGGGAGUGUUGAGCAGCGGGAAGGGCAGGGGCAGCGGCAGCCUGCAGCCCGUGGGAGGCGCCCAGCCUAUGUCCCACCCUCCCAGACCCCCGGCCAGCUUCUGAGCCCCACCCCUGACACUCAGGCCCUGUCCCUGGCCAAGGGGCUCUCGUACCUGCUGUUUCGGAGCAGGUGGCUCCCAGGAGCCUUGUGCCGGUCACUGUGGGACGGGCACUGGGGGGACAUAGAGUGGGGCGGAGGGACACAGGCUCACGGGGUGUGUAGGAGAGGGUCCUGCACCUCCCUGGGGUCCGCCCUUCAGCUGUCCCUUUGUAAAUGUGGGGCCACUCCCCUGAGGGCGGAAGGUGAGCGGAAGCCCCGGCCUGCGUGUUUGGGGAGCUUGGGGCAGUCCUGGGUGGUUUCGUCAGAAGCAUCUGUACCACAUCACUAAGUGUCCCCGAGGCGUCUGUUCUAAAAGAGUAGAAAAUAACUGGAGACAGCACAUCGGUUUCCUUGGCUGGGUGACAGUUUGGGUUUCUCUGAGGAGGCAGAGUGCCCCUUGGACAUUACGUAACGCGUGGCCCUCCUGAUGGUCUCCCCGCGGUGCAGUCUGAGCCGCCGCGGCCAUGCUCCCGGCAGGACCUGGGACAGCAGUGUGGGGGCCCAGCGCCUGGGGGGUGGGCAGAAGGCAGCCGGCCGUGUGCCGGGACCACCCGAACCUGCCUCCGCCGUUUAAAUGCGUUCAGAUAGUGUACGUUUUGCAGUAAUGUCUUCAAUUUUGCUGUCCGUUUUUUGUGUUUUUCACGUUCUUUUUAAUGAACGUCACGUAGUUUUUGUGAUUUUUUUUUGCGGCAAAACUGUCUUCCGGAUAAUUAGGCACACAGGGCAAAUGCUUGAGAAAAGAUGCUUUCGGUGAAAAUAUCAGACGCAGUUGGGCAGCGGUACACGUGGCCUGGUGGCCCUGCGGCCCCCGAUCCCCAGCCCUGUCCUCACCACCUCGGUUUCCGCGUCUGUGUAGCGGCCACCCCUGUGUCCCCGUCGUCCUUUGCCUGUGUCCGUGGGGCUCUCCGUGGUCAUUCUGGGCAGUGAGAUCACCUGGCGGGGCUUCCGUGGGGCACGUUCCAGGAACGAGGCCGAGUUUGGUGGGUUAUCGCACCGUGGACGUCCCCCAACACCAGCCUGGAAGCUCCUUGCGCUCACUCGGUCUCAUUCUCCCAAGCACAGUCGGGCGGUGGAGUCCCGUGGUGCUCAGUGCUGCUGGGCUUGGCUCAGCCUCCCUGGCCCCGGUAGAUGCCGUCGUGCUGUCCGUGGGGCCCCGGGGCCAGGACGGGCCGGGGCCAGGCUCACCUUUGCCUGCGUGCAGCUGGGGCCUGAAGUCACCAUGCGUCUGCCCGCCGGGCCCAGGGACCCUCAGCCUGACCCAGUCUGGCCUUUGAGCCCCACGCCUGCCGGCGCUCCCCUGGGUGGGACACGCCUCACUGCCCCUAGUAAGGGGACCGAGACGCACCCUGGCCCCUUCAGGCUGCUCACGGGCUUCUGAACCUAGGUCAGCUGAUGGCAAAGCAAAGCUUCCUUUCGAAAUCAUUUUCACAGAAAGGGUGAGCCGGGGGCAUGGUAGAGCACAGGGUGAGAUGCUCCGUGUGCCCGAGGCGGGUCUGGCUCUCCUUACUGGGGUUCACACAGCCCCGGGCCCUUGGCGUGGAGUGAGUGUGCAGAUAAGAAGGCCGCCACCCACACACACACCACCAGCCUGUGCCGUCUGCCGACGGCCACCCCGAGCACGGAGGACCCGGCUGGGGACUCUGGUUGCUUUCAGGCACGCCUGGUGCUUCCUUCUCUGGGCUUUAGGAAGAACACUGAAGAAAGCCUUGCGACCGCUGGUUGGCGUGACCCCUUCCUAACUCCCCGUCCCUUGCACACGCUGAGUGUGAUCCCGUGGGGCCCUCCAGGCGGGAGGGCAGACGGGCUGACCGCCCUCGGCUCCGUGGAGGUGACCACUGUGGUCUUGCCUGGCAGGAUGCCGCUGCUCUUCUGCAGCUGUGGUUGGAGUAAGUGUGGGCCACCGGUGGAAAGUAGAGGGCCAGGGAGACGUGGCGGGAUUAACUCGAUUUGGGUUGCAGGUCUUGGGGUUCUGUGGCGCUCCAUCCCGCCUGUGCCUGGCCACAGCCACGGGGUGCGAGUCCACCAGCAGCUGGGGCACACCCUCCCUCCCUCGCCGUCUGUAGGCACCCAGCCGCGCGGGAUUCCCAUGAGGCCCGACCUCCGGUGCUGCCACUGGGCAGGUGCAGGAAGCCCCGAGGAUGCCAGGCCAGCCAGCCCCGAGGGCGUUAUUCAGCUGCUGCUGGUUGACACCUGACCUGAGGCCUGCCUCCUUGGGGAGGCCCGCGUCCUUGGGGCAGCCCGUGUCCGUGGGGUGGUCUGUGUCCUUGGGUGGCUUGUAUCCCUGGGGUGGCCUGCGUCCGUGGGGAGGCCUGCGUCCUUGGCGGCCAGCUUGCUGCCAGGGCCCAGACACCUCACGCCUGUUGCUGGCUCCAUGCUCACUUUGGGAAGGUCGAGGUAGAGGGUGAGCCUUGCCUCAGGGCGGGGAGAGCUCCGGCCGGCACAGCUGGGCCUCUGACCGUCUGGGCCUUGCGCACCACUGCGUCCUGCUCCUGUAGAGGCCGGGCCGGACAGUCAGCGAGGGCCCCUGCAGGUUCUCUGGGGCCUCAACCUGUCACAGAGUAGCCCCCUCCCGCUUUAUGAGGUGUGAGCGACAUUUCUUAUUUCAUGACUCAUCGGGUAUGUUCUUUAUGGAACAAAGUUAAAUCAGAGGUGGGUCCAUCGUUUGCAAUUUCCCACGUUUUGUAUUUUCUUGAGCCGUGUAUCAGGAGAGUUCGGGCCCUUUGGGCCUCGAGCCCCUUCUGCCGCCGGGCUUGACCUCAGAGCAGCAUUGGGGUGGGCCUGGCGGGGGACGGGUGGGUCUGACCUGGGCAGAGCGUGUCACGGUCCCCUGCCUGGGGCCCACCAGCCGCCGCCCACCUGCCCCAUGAAGGACUCUUAGCUAUGACUGGAUCGACAGGAAGAGGGGGCUCUGGUGUCCUCCGCUGAGAGAGGGUCCCACCUCCCAUGGAAGGGGCAGCUCAGCCCCCAGCAGCACAGGACGGUGCCAGUUUGGCCAGGCCCAAGCUGGCCGGCGGUCACUGGCCGGCACCCAGCUACCAUGAGCUGCGUCGGGGUGGGGAGCAGGAUCCUGGCAUGGGCGGUCUGGCCCGGCCGGGGGACGGGCCUCAGGGCACGCGGCCUCACAGAACUGAGGAGGAGCCACGGCUCUGUGCAAACCCCGGGCCACCUGCCAGGCCUCUGGCUUCCUCCCACGGUCUGGCUUCAGCGCCCUCGGACCAGGGGGCCCGGUGUGGAGCCCAUCAUGGGGACAAAGGCCUGUGAGCCAUCCUCUUCUUGGCAGAGAGCUGGUGUUCUCAGCCAGCUGGGAGCUGAUCCUGAGGGGUCAGUGUGGGGGCUUGAAACGCGCAGAGGGAAUCGAGGGGAGAAGCAGACCGUCCCCAGCAUGGGCCUGAGACUCCCAGCAUGCACAGCUGCCCUCCUGCCACCGCACGUCCUGGGGUUGCUGCAGGCUGCACGUGGCUGGCCUGGCCGUGGCUUCUCCAUGGGCCAGUCUGGUUCCUUCGUGGUUGAGCCCAAUCAGCAGAGGACUGCACCACCCGAGGUUUGGGUCAUAAAGCACACCCACACUCGGGCGGGGACAGAGGAGAUCAGUCAGAAAUCACGGCUGCAGAAGCCAAAGUCAGACUUUGACCCCGGCGCAGGCUUCAGUGGUCGCCGAGGAUCAGGAGCCUAAGAGCUUUGGUUCGAGACAAUUAAAGACGUGGGAUGAGGAUCCAGUGACAGGACGCGGUUCUGCCUGGGGAUUCUGAAGAUAAAACGCUUUGAAAAGUCGAAUUCAUGGUCGUGGAAGCCGAGCCCAUAUUAAGAAAUGUCAGGCGUCCGACCCCCGAUCAUGAACGGGCCCAUGCAUCCCCGGCCCCUGGUGGCGCUGCUCGACGGCCGGGACUGCACGGUGGAGAUGCCCAUCCUGAAGGACGUGGCCACGGUGGCCUUCUGUGAUGCGCAGUCCACGCAGGAGAUCCACGAGAAGGUGCUGAACGAGGCGGUGGGGGCGCUGAUGUAUCACACCAUCACGCUGACCAGGGAGGACCUGGAGAAGUUCAAAGCUCUGCGCAUCAUCGUCAGGAUCGGCAGCGGUUUUGACAACAUCGACAUCAAGUCGGCCGGGGACUUAGGCAUCGCUGUUUGCAACGUGCCGGCGGCGUCUGUCGAGGAGACCGCCGACUCCACCAUGUGCCACAUCCUCAACCUGUAUCGCAGGACCACGUGGCUGCACCAGGCGCUGCGGGAGGGCACGCGGGUCCAGAGUGUCGAGCAGAUCCGGGAGGUGGCUUCCGGAGCCGCCAGGAUCCGCGGGGAGACCUUGGGCAUCAUAGGACUGGGUCGUGUGGGGCAGGCGGUGGCGCUCCGGGCCAAGGCCUUCGGUUUCAACGUGCUCUUCUAUGACCCGUACCUGGCGGACGGCACCGAGCGGGCGCUGGGCCUGCAGCGGGUGAGCACCCUGCAGGACCUGCUCUUCCACAGCGACUGCGUCACCCUGCACUGCGGCCUCAACGAGCACAACCACCACCUCAUCAACGACUUCACCGUCAAGCAGAUGCGACAAGGCGCCUUCCUGGUGAACACGGCGCGGGGCGGCCUGGUGGACGAGAAGGCCCUGGCCCAGGCUCUGAAGGAGGGGCGGAUUCGGGGCGCCGCCCUGGACGUGCACGAGUCCGAGCCCUUCAGCUUCAGCCAGGGCCCCCUGAAGGAUGCACCCAACCUGAUCUGCACCCCCCACGCGGCCUGGUACAGCGAGCAGGCGUCCAUCGAGAUGCGGGAGGAGGCAGCCCGGGAAAUCCGGAGAGCCAUCACAGGCCGCAUCCCCGACAGCCUGAAAAACUGCGUCAACAAGGACCACCUGACCGCCGCCACCCACUGGGCCAGCAUGGACCCAGCUGUCGUGCACCCUGAGCUCAACGGGGCCGCCUACAGCAGGUACCCGCCGGGCGUGGUGGGCGUGGCCCCCAGCGGCAUCCCGACUGCCGUCGAAGGCAUUGUCCCCAGCGCCAUGUCCCUGUCCCACGGCCUGCCCCCCGUGUCCCACCCGCCCCACGCCCCUUCUCCCGGCCAAACCGUCAAGCCCGAGGCAGAUAGAGACCACGCGAGUGACCAGUUGUAGCCCGGGCGGAGCUCGACAGCCUCGGCGCGGGCAGGGCGGCGCCCCCGGACGGGCGUGUGCAGAGGCGGCCUGCGGGUGGCCACAGCGCUCCAGAGACUGUCCAGGCGCUGGCGGGGGCCAGGUGGCGCCGGCCUCCCCCGCCUCAGCUGUAGUUGCCCUGUCCCGGGGCCAGCCGCUGUCCUGUGUCCUUUGCGUCCUCGUUAAGCAGAAGAAGUUAGUAGUUAAUUCUAUCAUGAAUGUUCUUGUCUGUGUACAGUCUUUAGAACAUUUCAGAGGAUUUGUUUGCUUAGCUGUCAACAGAGAACCCUGAGGGAGCAUUCGGCAGGUCGGUCUCAGACUGUGUCCCGUGUGUGUUGGAACACGCCCUGAAACGAGGCAGUUGGCAAACUUCUCAGGACAACGAAUCCUUCCCGUUUUUCUUUCUACGCCACACAGUGCAUUGUUUUUUCUACCUGCUUGUCUUAUUUUUAGAAUAAUUUAGAAAAACAAAACAAAGGCUGUUUUUCCUGAUUUUGGCAUGAAUCCCCUUGUUCCAAACGAAGGCGGCACCGCAGAGUGGCUGUGAGAGAACAGUGCACCUGGCCCUCCGCGCGCGGCGGCCGUCGGCAUCUGUCCUGGGGAUGUGAGGGCGCAGCGUCCCGGCCUGCUCAGGUGCCGUCCUGCUGAUGUGGUAGGCUAGCAAUAUUUUGGUUAAAAUCAUGUUUGUGACUGUAACCAUUUGUAUGAAUUAUUUUAAAGAAAUAAAAAUCCCAGAAAGAACCGGCA